AUGAUCCAGCUCAACUGCUCAUCCCCAGAUUCCCUGUACAUAACUGUGAAUGCAUCAUGGUGCCCCGAAGGGAACAAGUGCCUUAGCACAGAAGACAUGGCAGACCUUUGUCUGAGCCGCAGAGCUUACCUGGAGAAGAACAUGGGGCCUUGCCAUUCUCCCCUCUUCGUGCCUAUGUGUGCCAUCUACCUGCUCAUCUUUAUAGUUGGUGUGCUGGGCAACAGCCUGACCUGUAUUGUCAUCGCCCGGCACCGCGUAAUGCGCACAACAACAAACUACUACCUGUUCAGCCUGGCGAUUUCCGACCUUCUUGUCCUAUUGCUGGGUCUCCCGUUGGAGAUUUAUGAACUUUGGAGCAAUUAUCCUUUUCUGUUAGGAGUUGCCGGCUGCUACUUCAAGACCUGCCUGUUCGAGACGGUCUGCUUUGCUUCCGUGCUCAACGUGACCGCCCUCAGCGCAGAACGCUACAGAGCAGUGGUGCAUCCCCUCCAUGCCAAAUACACAGCGACACAAGCUCAUGCCAAGCGGGUUAUCAUUGCAUUAUGGGGAAUCUCUUUGUUGUGUGCUUUGCCCAAUACCAGCCUGCAUGGCAUUGCUACAUUAAAACCCCGUUUUGGACUCACAUUCCCUGAGUCAGCCGUCUGUGUUCUGGUGCACGAAACCUGGAUCUACAACCUGUUGGUGCAGGUGACAGCACUGCUGUUCUUCAUACUGCCCAUGUUGAUGAUCACUGUUUUGUAUGUGCUCAUCGGCCUGCAGUUGCAUCGGGAAAGAGAGUGUUUUGAUUCAAUGACGGGGCUCAGUGAGGACGGAUUGCAUCAAAGGGCAUGUCAUCGCCAAGUCAUAAAAAUGCUUUGUGCAUUGGUGAUCGUGUUUGGCAUCUGCUGGGCCCCUUUUCAUAUCGAUCGUGUCAUGUGGAGCUACAUUGACACCUGGACUGCCGAGCACCACCGUGUCUAUGAGUACGUGCAUCUCAUGUCUGGUGUCUUCUUCUACCUGGGCUCAGUGGUCAAUCCCAUCCUGUAUAACCUCAUGUCUUCACGCUUCAGAGAAAUGUUUCGUGAGGUGGUGUGCCAAAAAAGCCAGCGUCAGCUUUCCAUAAGUAAGGUCACAUUGCGCAGUGUUGUUUCUGCCACGCUUUCUGCCUCUCGUUCGUCCUCGCUUUCGGUGAAGUUUCACCCGCGUGGGCUGCCACAACCUCUCUAG